CCAGUAUUUUUAGGGGACAGCAGCAGCUGCAAAAGCAUUUAACAGUAUUCCAUGAACAAUGACACUUGGGGUGUCGAGGGCCUGAACAACACAGAGAUUGGGGGACCGCUCUGUUGUAGUUAAACAGGAAGCUCCCGUGGAUGCUUAUGUUUCGUUUUCUGCCUGUUCUACUGGACAAAAGUCAAGAAAAAUGUACUGCCGUAAAACUUGGGACCUUUGAGGACAGCAUGUGGUAGCAUGUUUCUGAAUCUGAAGUCAACUUGGGACAUUACUCAGCCUUCAGGAGACGGGCGGCCUCUUAACUCGGACAGAGAUUGCAAAUGCGGAAUGUAUGUUGACGGUCAUUCCUGGCGACUGAAGCGAGGGUUCAUUUCCUAUGGGAAAAUGGAAGAAUAAUUACAUACCACAGACAGAAACCUGCAGUGUGGAAGUAGGUUGGUCUUGCACCAGUGAAUAGCCACUUACUGCUCUCCUAAACUGCUUAAGUAAGAAGCAACAAUGGAUGUCUUUGGUGGUGCGCCACGUUUCUUAGCCUACCCGAGACCUGUAGUGGUACAAAGCGGCACUGAUGCAGUGCUUAAGUGUCAGAUUGGUGGUGAUCCAAGGCCUGCCGUUAUCUGGGAGCGAAGCAAUGAAAAGAUUGACCCACAAGGACGAUAUAGGGUCUUUGAGGAUGGCAAUGUUUACAAUCUCAUCAUCUCAGCUGUCACAACUGAGGAUAGUGGACAGUACAUAUGCAAAGCAAAAAAUAGCAUUGGGGAAACCUAUGCAGCUGCCACACUGAAGGUGGAAGGUGAAGCGCAAGAGAUGGAGCUGCGGGAGGAAAAUAAGCCACUAUUCCUCAUCAAGCCCCUCUCCACUCGUGUCGGUCGUGGGGAAGAUGCUGUCUUCUCUUGUAAGCUUUGGGGAAACCCAAAGCCAGAUGUUAUCUGGGAAAAAGACGGUAGAAGACUCAAUGAAAUAUUUGAAAGCACACAUUUCAGUGUAGGCUACCAGGAUGGUGGAUGGUUCCAGCUCAAGAUCUUUAAGACCCGUGCUCCUGAUGGUGGCGUAUACACAUGCAAGGCAAGAAAUGAAUUUGGGGAAGCGCUAGCAGGAGCUGUGUUGCUUGUUGAUGCAGGUCCAGGACAUGAAGAAGAAGGAAAUCGCAACGGCUACAUAAAUGGCCACUGGAAAGUCCAUCAGGGAAAACAAAGGAGUGGCAGGCAACUGCCAAACCGCCUAAAAGACUACAGCAUGACCAAGUCAACAAAAGUAAAAAUGUUUGCUGUGACAGAGGGCAAACAUGCCAAAUUCCGCUGCUUUGUGACUGGUAAACCCAAACCAGAAAUAAUUUGGAGGAAAGAUGGUAGACUCAUACUGUCUGGAAGGCGUUAUUUGUUAUAUGAGGACAGAGAAGGCUACUUCACACUUAAAGUUCUUUAUUGUAAGCAAAAGGAUAACGGAGUUUAUGUUUGCGCUGCAUCAAAUACUGCUGGGCAAACCCUCAGUGCUGUACACCUUUCUGUCAAGGAGCCGCCUGUGCGGUUCAAGCAGCCUCUCAUUGAUCUUGAAGUGUGGGAGCGGGAUUUGGCUGUUCUCGAGUGUGAAGUUCCAGAGGACUCAGUUCCCAUCACAUGGUAUCUGGAGGAUAGACGACUGCAACCAGGGGCCAAAUAUGGAAUGGAGGAGUGGGGAACGAAACGACGACUGACAAUUCGUGACAUCGGAGUUGAUGAUGAUGGGAUUUACCUCUGCGAGAUGCCUGAUGGGGGCAGAAGCAUUGCAGAGGUAGCUGUAAAAGGCACAAUUUUGCGGAAGCUUCCAAGAAAAGUGGAUGUCUUGGAAGGUGAAAAUGCUGCCUUUUGUGUUGAAGUAGAAAAAGAGGAGAUGGAUAUACAUUGGUACAAAGAUGGCUUAGAGCUGCGUGAAACCCAUCAGACCAUUAUUAAAUCCUUUGGUCGAACUCACAUCCUGGUUUUCGUCAACACAAUGCCCCAAGACUCUGGCCUCGUGACUUUCCUUGUCGGCAGAUCCAAGACUUCCUCUCAGCUAAGAGUGAAAUCGGCCAGACAUUGUCCACCUAGUUGUCCAGUGGCUGUGCAGAUCAACACAGAGCGUGCUAAUGCAGCUCUUCUCUCAUGGGUUCCUGCUCAGGACUCACGAAAGAAUCCUCCCUCUGGAUAUGUGCUUGAACGGCAAGAGGUGGGCACUGGUUCGCAAGAAUGGCUUCAGUGUCUGACCACUGAUUCUGCAACCUCUGUGGAGAUCCUUGGUGACAGUGUUCCAUGUGAGGCGGAUUACCGCUUUCGUAUUUGCAGCGUCAACAAAUAUGGGAAAAGCAAUAAUGUUGAAUUCCCUAAAACUGUUCACUUAGUUCCUGUGGCCAGAAUACAAGCUCCCUUACAGGAUGCCUUGGUGCCAGAGGGGCAAGACGCUCUCUUCUCUAUUGAGCUUUCUGCUUCAGUUAUUGGUACAUGGUUCUUAAAUGGGACUCAGCUUCAGGAAGAUGAGCGGUAUUCCAUGCGUCGCUCACGAGCACACCAAUCUCUCCGCAUUCGAGGAGUACGCGAUACAGAUAAUGGAGCUGAGAUUACAUUCAUUGCCUAUGGCAUCCGUGAUUCCGCAGCACUUUACAUUCAAGCUCCUCUUGUCAAGUUUUUCCCAUUGUCAGAGAUGGAUCGAAAUAAAUUUGUAGAAAUUGGGAAUCCCAUUGUGCUCUACUGUGAGGUAUCAGACCCUGCAGCUCUGGUGCACUGGUACAAGAACGGGGUGGAAUUAAGAUCUGUGGAAGGUCUUCAUAUCCAAUCAGAGGGCACCAUGAGACGAAUUGUCAUCCAGUCAGCAGAGUUAUCACAUUCAGGAGUCUACUGCUGUGAUGCCAUUGAUGAUGUCAUCAGGUUCAAUGUGGAAGUAGAGGCCCCACCUGUGAGGUUUUCAGGACUCCCAGAUGCUGAAAGGAACAAAACCAUCCAAACAGGCUGCCCAAUUGUUUUACAAUGUGAGCUUUCAGAUCCAUCUGCCCAGGUGCACUGGUACAAAGAUGGGUCAAAACUCCAUUCUCAAAGUGGGAUAGAUAUCAUAUCCGAUGGCUUGAUGAGGAAUCUGAUUAUCCAUUCAGCAGAAGUUUCACACUCUGGCUUGUACUGCUGCAAGACAAAGGGUGACACCAUCACUUUCAAUGUGGACAUCAAAGCUCCACCUAUGAAGUUCUCAGCUAUUCCUGAAGAUAUGAGGAUCAAGUCGAUUGAAGCAGGCUGCCCCGUUGUGCUACAGUGUGUGGUGUCGGAUCCCGAGGCCCAUGUGCUGUGGUACAAGGAUGAAAUACAGCUCGUUUCAAGCUCUGGAUUAGAAAUCCACUCAGUGGGCAACACAAGGACAUUAGUUAUUCAGUCUGCAGAGCUGAGCCAUUCUGGUGUGUACAGAUGCACCACACAGGAUGAUACCGUGGCGUUUCAAGUGGAGAUCAAAGCUAUACCAGUGACGAACUCUACUAUCUUUGAUGUUGAGAGAACCAAGUCACUCGAAGUGGGCAAACCUUUGGAGCUGGAAUGUGAGGUUGCAGACUCUACUGUGCCUGCCUGCUGGUAUAAAGAUGGUAAAAAGCUCAUCCCACAGAAUGGUUGGGAUAUACAGAGUAAUGGCACAUCAAGGAAACUCAUUAUCCCAUCUGCUGAGCUCUUGCACUCAGGGCUAUACAGCUGUGAAACUUCUGAUGACACUAUCCACUUCACUGUGGAUGCUAAAGCUCCAACGUUGCCAUUGUCGCCUUCGCUGGAGGUUGUGGAGACACAGUUUCUUGAAGCAACGUACCCCCCCGCUGAACCACCCUGUGAAUCCUCAGACCCUGCUUUCCAGGUGUCAAAGCAGAGGGAUACAGAACCUGAUACACAGCCUGACAGAGAGCCUGAGUUUGAAAAUGGAAGCAUCAAGAACACCCUUGUUAUUGAACCAACUCAUCCUGCAAACUCUGGAGCAUACUAUUGUGCAACAGCAGAUGAUGUUGCCAAAUUAAUAGUAAAAAAUCAAGUGCCACUUCCAACAUAUCUACUUGACCCUGAUGACGAGAAGGCCAACUCUGCUGAACCACACUGCUCAAUUGUUCAGCAAUUUGAGAUUUCAGAUCCCGUUGCCAAAGCCUGUUGGUACAAAGAUGGAACCCAGAUCUACCCCAAAAGGGAAACUGACAGUGAAUCCCAGAGAAGUAGCCAAAUCUUUCCCCUCCAGUUACAAUAUGCCUCUGGUGAUGUGAAGUUUGGCUGUGAAACAGCUCAUGAUGUACAGUUAAAUGAGGACAUAAAAGCAGAGCAGUGUCACUAUCGUGAUGAGAUUGGUGAGAUAGCUGAUGCAUCUACCCAAUACACAGUGGAUGGCAAAGCUACAUCGCCAAGGCUCUCUUCUGACCAAGAGAAGAGCAAGUCCACAGAGGAGGCUUGUCCUGCUGAAGUUAUCCGGGUGUCCUCAAAAUACAAUUCUGGGAUCUCCGGUGGCAAGGCUGGAGAUACUGAGACAUGUGAAGACCAUUCCAGUCAUACACCAGCUUCUCAGUCAGCAUAUGAAUAUAUGUUUGACUGCGCUGCAUCUAAACAGCUGAACGAACUCUAUGAUGGUCAACAAAUGGAAAAAGCCGAAUGUCCACUGUACCAUGACUCUGUAAACCCAAUAACAACUCAGUCUGACACACACCAUCACACUACACAGCUCAAAGAUACACAAGGUGAGGAAUUCAUUUACUAUGUACAGCAUACGGAAGCCCCAUCUGAAGAACCUGACAAUUCUUUGCAGACAGCUGUUCUGACAGAUGAGUUUUGCAAGUUUUUGCAAAUUGCAACUGUUCAGUCAGAGGAAUCCACUUCCAAGAAUCUAACUUUCCAAUCAGAGGAGCUACAUAGUUUAGGACAGACACCAUCUGUCCAGUCAGAGCUAGGCAGCAUUCUACAGAAUUCAGCUACAACACCAGAGCACAAUACUGACACCUUACAGAUUUCAAUCAAAUCAGACAGGAUCUCUGAGUCUUUCAAAACUGCAACUCCACAGUCAGAGGAUCUGAUUGAAUCCAUAAUCUCUGAAAGUUACAAAUCAGAGGAGCCCUUUAAAUCCUUACAGACUGUAGCUGUCAAAUCAGAGGAACCAUUUAAGUCAUUGCAGACUGCAGAUGUCCAAUCAGAAGGGGCCUUUAAUUCCAUGCAGAUCCCACCUGUCCUUUCAGAGAAGCCUUGUGACCAUUUACAAACUGAAACAGUCUAUUCAGAGGGGCCCUAUAACUCUUUAUGGACUGCAACUGACCAAUCAGAGGAGUUCAACAGACUCUUACAGAAAUCUGCUGAUCUUUCAGAGGGGCUCAGUGACUUCCCUAAAACAGCAUCCCUUCAAUCAUUGGAUUUUUCUAACCUUAAAGAGGUAAAAACUUUCCAACAAGAGCCAUACGACUUGCAGCAGUCUGCAUAUGUCAAAUUGGAUCAUCCCGAUAAUACAGGACAAGCAGUUUCUAACGAUUUGGAAGUGCUGUCCCUGCCAAGUCAGAAAGCAACAGUCCCCGCAGAGUUUUAUCGCACCCUGGAGACUACGGAAGAACAAGUAGACAUCACAUUUAACUCUGGGAAAAGACAUUUGACCAACUAUGCAGAGCCUUGCAAUAUCAAGCAGACAGCAACGGUAGAAUCAGAAGAGCUCUACCUCUCAGGGACACAUGAUGGUUACUGGAGUGACAGUGUCACUGCAUAUAAGGUGGCUGUUGAAGGUGAUUUAAAUGCUCCGCCUGUGAGAAUUACAAGACUUUGUGAGGCUGAAAGGAACAAGUCUGUUGAAGGUGGUGAACCCCUAAUGCUGCAGUGUGAGAUAUCAGAUCCUAAUGGUGAAGUUACUUGGUACAAGGACGGAAUAAAACUUCUUGAAGCAGCUGGGCAGGACAUGCUGGCAGAUGGUUCUAUAAGAACACUGACUUUCCGAUCUGCGACACUGUCUCAUGCAGGGAUUUACAGCUGCAAGACAACAGAUGAUGCAGUGCAGUUUCAUGUGGAUGUUAAAGCUCCACCUCUGACAUUUUCAGCAAUGUCUGAGGUUGACCAGAAAAUGACGGUCAUAGCAGGCUAUCCCAUUGCUCUACAAUGUGAACUGUCAGACCCCACUGGACAAGUCAGUUGGUACAAGGAUGGAACAAAGCUCCUACCUCAGAGUGGAGUAGACAUCCAGUCAGAGGGAAAUUUGAGGAGUCUAGUUGUCUCAUCAGCCGAGCGGGCUCACACGGGUGUAUACCGUUGCGAAUCAAAGGAUGAUGACAUCCAGUUCACUGUGGAUGUAAAAGCCCUACCUGUGAAGUUCUCAGAGCUUCAAGAGAAUGACCGGAACAAGUCCGUCGAAGAAGGCGCUCCCAUUGCCCUGAGAUGCGAACUCUCUCAUGAUCCCUCUGCUCAUGUCGACUGGUAUAAAGACGGGGUAAAAGUUCUGCCACAAAACAAUGUGGAAGUACAGUCAGAUGGACUGACAAGGACACUGUUCAUCCCAUCAGCUGGAAGCGCGCAUGCUGGUACCUAUGAAUGUUCAACAAAAGAUGACACAGUGACUUUUAAAGUGGAUGUAAAAGGCCGAUCAUCACAGAUCAUGCCACUCCCACUGUCAGAAAAAUACAAGCUGAUUGCAGCUGGUUGUCCACUUAUCCUCCAGUGUGAGGUCUCAGACCCUGUUGCCCAGGUUUCCUGGUUUAAAGAUGAUUUGGAGCUAUUCUGCAAAACUGGGCUUGAUAUGAAAAGAGAUGGCAACUUCAGAAAAUUGAUGAUUCCUUCUGCUAAAGUCUCUGACUCUGGUCUCUACAGCUGUAAAUUUGCAGAUGACAUUGCGACAUUCCAUGUGGACGUCGAAGCUACUCCUGUGAGGUUUUCAGCGAUUCCAGAGGUUGCGAGAAACAAAUUUGUUGAAGCAGGCUGCCCAAUUAAGCUGCAGUGUGAAGUCUCAGAGCCAACUGCCCAAGUCUAUUGGAACAAAGAUGGAGAACAGCUACUUCCAGAGAGUGAAUAUGAAAUCCAAGCUAAAGAAAAACUGAGAGCACUGGUCAUUCAGUCAGCAGAAGUCAGACACUCUGGGAUGUACAGCUGUGAGGCCGCAGAUGACCAUAUAGAAUUCAAGGUGGAUGUUGCAGCUGUUCCAGAGGCUGAGAGGAACGAUCCUCUUGAAGCAGGCGGACUGAUAAAACCAAAGUGCGAGAUCUCACAUUCUGCAAUCCAGACCUGCUUGAAUGAGGAUGGAAUAAAACUCUUGCCAGAAUCGGAACUAAACGUUGAUUCAAAGAGCAAAAAGAGGACACUGGUUAUGAAACCGGCCACAUCUUCAUGCUCUGGCAUGUACAAUUGUAAAACUGAUGAUGAUUCAGAGUUCAACGAUUUCUGUGUGGAGGUGAAAGCACCACCGGUAACAUUUGCUGAUAUCCCAGAGAGGGACCUUUUCCAGAGUGUUGUGGAACAUGAACAGCUUGUUCUGUCAUGUGAAGUAUCAAGGUCUGAUGGUGUUGUCAAAUGGUACAAAGACGGAACUGAAAUGCAACCAACCAAUAAUGUUACAAUCCAAGCAGAGGGCACCAAAAGAAAGCUGAUUAUACAUUCAGCCCAGCUGUCCGAUACAGCUACAUACACAUCCCGUGUAGGAGACAACGUUUUAGUCUUCAAAGUUAACAUACGAGAACCUCCUGUGACGAUAAUCUAUCCCAAGGAGGAUGUCCACCUUGACCGUCAUGUCCCCGAUGAAAUUAUUCUAAGCUGUGAACUGUCUCGUGCCAGUGGUGUGGUCAGCUGGUAUAAAGACGGUCAAAAGCUUCAAGAGAGUGAGAACAUCAAGCUCAAGGUAGAAGGGCCUUAUCGACGACUUAAGAUACUGUCUAGUGGAGUAGAGGAUUCUGGAGAAUACGUCUGUGAUACAGCUGACGAUUCAAUAUUCUUUCACCUAAAUAUCACAGAACCUCCAGUGAAGAUUGUAUCCCCAAGUCAGUCAGAAAUGGAACUGUGUCAGCAGACAUCUGAGAGGAUGGUGCUAAGCUGUGAGAUCUCACGGCCCAAUGCAAUGGUACGCUGGUAUCGUGAUGGACUCGAGGUGGAGGAGAACGACAAUCUCAUUCUGGAGGUGGACGGUGUCUACAGAAGACUUAUUAUACCUGAAACCACUGUCAAAGAUUCAGCAGAAUAUGUGUGCGACACAGCGGAUGACUCCAAGACGUUCUUUGUAAACAUAGCAGAGCCUCCUGUUCGCUUCAUUCGUCCUCGGAAGAUGGCAAGUAGAGUAGAGAAAAUGGCCGGGGAGACUCUAGUUCUAGACUGCGAGGUUUCAAGAUCAAAUGCUGAAGUCACUUGGAAGAAGAAUGGGGAAGAAGUCGAAGACUCUAGAAACAUCACAAUCCUUGAAGAUGGCGUCAUCCGUCAGUUGACCAUUCACUCGCUGACAGUGGAAGAUGCUGGGCAAUAUGUCUGCGACGCAAAAGACGAUGUAAUGGAUUUCAGUGUGAUAGUGCAAGAAUUACCUGUAAAAAUUCUUGGAAAAACAGAUGCAAAAAUAGAAAAACAGUUCUUAGUAUCAGAUGACAUUAUUCUUGUAUGUGAACUCUCAAGAGCCAAUGCCUCAGUCAGCUGGUAUAAAGAUGACAAGCUUAUUGAUGACAAUGAGCGAUACUGCAUCGAAGAGCAAGGUGUUUUCCGAUCUCUGGUGGUCCUAAAUGCGGCAUUUGAAGAUUCAGGGGAAUAUACCUGCGAUGCAGUGGAUGAUAAAAUAGUCUUCUAUAUCACUGUCAAAGAGCCUCCUGUGCAGAUCAUUGGAAAUGCAGGCCACCCAGAGCAUCAUAUACUGGUAGCAGGAGAUGAUCUUAUUUUGGAGUGUGAAGUGUCUCGGCCAAACGCCACAGUUGAGUGGUUAUGGAACGGCAAGAGACUGAAACCAGAUACUCGCGUAAAAAUUGACAACUAUGACGUUGUUAGGAAGCUUGUUCUCUCUGGACUUCAGCCCUCGGACUCUGGAGAAUACAUUUGCGAUGCCCUCGAUGACAAAUUGAUAACAAUUGUAGAGAUCCAAGAGCCGCCAGCCAAGUUUCUGAAUAAAAAAGCAAACAACAUCACAGCCUAUGAAAACGAGAGCGUCACACUGUGUGCCAUUGUGAGCCAUGAAAGAGCAAAUGUUCGGUGGCUGAAAGAUGGCCAACUAUUGAACGAGGAGAACAUUCACAUCUCCAGUGUGGGUAAUACCCACAAGCUCAUCAUUAAUCCUCUGCAGCUGUCUGAUUCUGGAGAAUAUGUCUGUGACGUAAAGACAGAUGAGAUGUAUUUCAGUCUUUUAGUGAAAGAAAUGAAGGUUAAAUUUAUCAGACAGUUGGAGAAUAUCAAGGCUCUAAAGGGAACCCGCCUUACGUUACAAUGUGAGAUCAACAAGCCAAAAGGAGACGUUCAGUGGCUAAAAAAUGGCAACGAGAUCUCUCAUAGCCGUCAGCACACAAUCAGGGCUCAAGGUAGAGAGCGGAGCUUUACCAUCCACCAACUAAUGGAGGAAGACAGUGGAGAAUAUGUCUGUGAAUCCACAGAUGACAAGACCUCAGCCACUGUUACUGUAGAAACCCCCCGUACUAUUGAGUUCAUAGCAGAGCUUCGCAAUGUCAUCAUCUGUGAAGGAGAAGAUGCAGUUUUUAAGUGUGUGGUUUCACCAGAGGACACCAAGUUGGUGUGGCGCUUAAACGGCAAGCAAGUAGCCCUGAACGAGCGCACUGUGGUUUCCAGCAAUGGGCUAUGCCACAUGCUCUGCAUCAACAACUGCAUGGUUUCAGAUAGCAGCAGAGUGACAGCUGAUGCAGAGGGGUUGAUUUCAGAGGCAGAACUACAGGUUCAAGAGCAACAGGUGCUGUUCAGUAAGAAAAUGACACCAGUUGUAGCUGAAGAAUACAGUGAAGCAACUCUAGAAGUGGAGGUGAGUGUGGAUUCGGGAGAGGUGCGGUGGAUGAGGCAAGGGGUGCUAAUCCACCCUGGGGCCAAGUAUACUCUAAAGCACAAGGGCCGCAAACACAGUCUCACCCUCCACAAAGUGUCAAUGUCUGACCGGGGCACCUACAGCUGUGAAACCCUUCAUGACCGCACACAAGCCCAGCUCACAGUGGAACCUCGAAAAAUCACAAUCAAGAGGGGACUGACUGACAUUAAAACCACAGAGAGGGAAACGGCUUCUUUUGAGGUAGAGGUGUCCCAUCCCAAUGUCCCGGGCACAUGGAUGAGAAACGGACUCAAGCUUAAGCCAACUAAUCACUUCCGUAUGAGCGCAAAAGGACAAGUCCACAGCCUUACUAUCUCUAACCUGUCAGUAGAAGACACUGGCACCUUUGUGUUCUGCAUAGAGAAUCUGAAGACCUCUGCAAGGCUUGUUGUAAAGGAGCCCCCAGUGACCGUUUUCAGAAAACUGGAGAACCAGAGGUUCCCUGAAGGGGCAGUAAUCUCCAUCGAGUGUGAGCUGUCAAGACACAACGUGGAUGUGAAAUGGAUGAAGGACGGGGCUGAGGUGAAGACCAGCAAAGACUUGCGCAUUUAUGCAAUGGGAAGGAAACGGUUUCUCCAGAUCAUGAAAUGCCAAGUCAGUGAUUCUGGCAUGUACACCUGCGAUGCAGGAGAUGCAGCUACAUCCUGCACUGUGGAAGUCUACGAGCGUGAGCUGGUGAUCCUCCAAGGUCUUGAGGACCUGGACAUCAAAGAGGAUGAAAACGCUGUGUUUGUUUGUGAGAUCACAGUGGAGGAUGUGCCAGGGGAAUGGUACAAAAAUGGGGAGCGGAUACAGCCCACCAGCACCAUUAAGAUCCGCCAGGAAGGGACAAAACAUUUUCUUCUCAUGUGCAACGUGCGAGCAGAGGACUCUGGAGAGAUUAAGUUUGUGGCAAGGCACAUUGAAUCUGUUGCUUACUUGGAGGUGGAAGAGCUUCCAGUCAGUAUUGUAAAACCUCUGCAAGACAAGACGGCCCUUGAGAAGAGCCGUGUGAUCUUGGACUGCACAGUAUCCAACCCCAGAUGUAGCAUCCGCUGGUACAAAGGCAGCAAUGUCAUCCUGCCCUCUGAACGCUUCGAGAUCUGCAGCGAAGGAUGUUAUCGCAAGCUGAUCAUCCAGCAGGUGGCGCUAGAUGAUGAGGGCACAUACAGUGUGCAGGUUGGAGAUUAUACUUGCUCUGCAAAGCUGACAGUGGAGGGCCAGUCUUUAUUGAUGGUCCGAGAGCUUAAAGAUGUGGAAGUCAUGGCUCCUGAUGAGGCCUGCUUCGAAUGUGAGGUCUCAGCUCCUGUCUUCAAAUCCCCCGUGUGGACUCUGAACGGGGAGCCUUUGCAGCCGAGCUCUCGGGUACGCCUGGAGAAGAUGGGCACAGUGCACAGGCUGACCCUCAGGCAGACCUCUCCGGAAUUGAAUGGCGUGGUAGAGUUCACAGCUGGGAAAACAAAGAGCAAAGCCCAGCUACGGAUAGUGAGUGAUCACUGAGUGAAAUCCCUGCUCUACAAUUACCUUGAUGUGGCUUAACUAUUAUACUGGUGGCUGAAGUUGUACCACUGAAAUUGCUUAUAUAUUUAAAUCCAGUCUGUAAAUGUGGCUUAAACAGGGUUGUGAUGGAUUUUCAUGCAGUUCAUUUAAUCGUCUCAUCGUUUUAACGACAACAUUUGCCAGCGUGUGAGAACAUUUACAAAGAGUUUUUUUGUUGUUAUAUAAAACUGGAGUUUCGUUGUAAAUAAUUUCCAAUGUGAAAGUGGUUUGACUGGGUUAACUGGGUUAUGAAAGCUUAAGAUGAAUGUGUAUUUGUGCCAAAGAAAAUAGAAUAAAAUGAAAUAAAAAUCUGAUUGAAAUAC